AUGGCAGACCUCUCCUCCCAGGUUCAAGACACAACAAAAGAUACUGCUCACAAAGAGCAGGAAUCCCCUGGUGCGUUUAACGGUUCCCCACCAAGUUUGGCGCUUAUCGUCCCCAUUGCAGUCAACGAGUCAGUCCCCAGGAGCGGAGCUGGCGUUGUGAAUGAUGCCGGCGAUGUUCUAGAUGACUCCGGCAACACUGUUGGCAAGAUCGCCGACACAGAUAACCUCAAGAACCUUGUGGGCAACACCGUCAACAAAGCUGGCGAUGUUGUCGACUCCUCAGGCGAUGUUCUAGGCAAGACCCUGCCUAUAGGACAAGGGAAGCCCGAGGACGAGGAUUCACACGACGAGGAGAAGAGCGAAUACACAACCCAGGCCAAAGACAACAAAUCUGGAGGUCUGGGAGAUGCCGCUGGCAGCGUCACAGGAGCUGUCAGCGACACAGCAAAGGGAGCCACCGAUGCUGCUGGCGACACAGCUGACUCCGUCGGCAAGACCGGCAAGGAGGCCGUUGGCGACGUGACUGAAACCAAGUCAGAAGCCACCUCCCAAGCCGCCGACACAAACACACCUGCCGAGACACCCAAGGCUCCUCAAGUCAAGGACGAGACACCAGAUGUCAAGUCUGAGCAAAGCCAGGACCAGAAGGAUAUCAGCCUCGAAGACCGCGAGGCUCCUGCCGAAGCUGAUGAUAAGCUCAAGGAGGUCGCACCAGAGCCUGUGGAGGAGACAACGGACAAGGCGGAAGAUACCGCCAAGGACGCUCCCGAACAAGCAAAGGAUACCACAGAAGAGGCUAAGGAUAUCCCUGAAGAGGCCAAGGACACCACAGACGAGGCUAAGGACAUUCCCGAAGAGGCCAAGGAGGAUGUUACCUCCAAGGUCGACGAGCAAGACGUUCCCAAGCCUGAGGAUGUCGAGGACAAGCUUCAGGAGAAGACUGAGGAGGCCAAGGACGACGUUCCCAAGUCAGAAGCCGCCGAGGUUCCUGAAGGUGAUGCCGCCAAGUCACAAGCCCCUGGCGACGAGAUCUCCAGCGGCGAGGUUCCUGAGGACGACGGCGACAAGUCCAAGGCUGGCGAUGACCUGAAGUCUGUGGCUCCCGGCGAGGAUGCUGCUGGCGUCACCGACGAGGUCAAGAGCAAGGCCGCCGAUGGCGAGGAAGUCGCCGACGACAAGCUCGCUGAGGGUGAGAAGGCUGCCGAGGACCUCCCUGAAGACGCCAAGAGCAAGGCUGCCGAGGGUGAGGAAGCCACUGGCGACCUCCCCGAGGAUGCUCAGAGCAAGGCCGCUGAAGGCGAGAAGGCCACCGAUGAUCUCCCUGAGGAUGCCCAAAGCAAGGUCGCCGAAGGUGAGGAGACCGCUGAAGGCAAGAUUGCCGAAGGCGAAGAGGCCACUGGUGAUCUCCCUGAGGAUGCUCAGAGCAAAGCUGCUGAGGGUCAGGAGACCGCCGAGGAUAAGGUCGCCGAGGGCGAAGAGACUGCCGAGGGCAAGGUCGCUGAAGGCGAGGAAGCCACCGGCGACGUCACCGAAGAUGCUAAGAGCAAGGCCGCUGAGGGUGAGGAAGCCACUGGCGACCUCCCCGAGGACGCUCAAAGCAAGGCUGCUGAAGGCGAGGAGACCGCCGAAGGCAAGGUUGCUGAAGGCGAGGAAACCGCUGAGGAUAAGGUCGCCGAGGGCGAGGAGACUGCUGAGGGCAAGGUCGCUGAAGGCGAAGAAGCCACCGGCGAUGUCACCGAGGAGGGCAAGGACAAGGCCGCCGAGGGUGAAGAGGCUGUUGAGGACAAGGUGGCUGAGGGCGAGGAGGCUGCCAAGGAGGAGCCUCUCGACUUCACCAUCCUCAAGGGCACCACCGUCGACAAGGAGGGUAACCUCGUCAACGACAAGGGCGACAAGCUCGGCAAGGUCGUUGAAGGAGAGCUCAAGCAGCUCGUCGGUCUCUACGCCGAUGACCAAGGUAUCAUCUGGGACAAGACCGGCAAGCAGCUUGGCAAGGCCGAGCCCAUCCCUGAGUGGGACCGCGAGCAGAAGGAUUUCUCCGUUCUCAAGGGCACUACUGUUGAUAAGGAGGGCAACCUCGUCAACGACAAGGGCCACCUCAUCGGACGUGUCACUGAGGGCGAGAUCAAGCAGCUUGUUGGUCUUUCUUCUGACGACCAGGGCAUCAUCUGGGACAAGACUGGCAAGCAAGUCGGUAAGGCCGAGCCCCUCCCUGAGUGGGAGCGUGGUGAGCAGAAGGAUUACAGCCUCCUGAAGGGUACCACUGUCGACAAGAACGGAAACCUUGUCAACGAGAAGGGUCACCUUUUCGGCAAAGUCAUCGAGGGUGAGAUCAAGCAGCUCAUCGGUCUCACUGCCGAUGACCAAGGUAUCAUCUGGGACAAGACUGGCAAGCAAGUCGGCAAGGCUGAGCCUCUCCCCGAGUGGGAGCGUGGCGAGCAGAAGGACUUCUCUGUCCUGAAGGGAGCUGUUGUCGACAAGGAGGGUGGUCUCGUCAACGACAAGGGAGACACCGUCGGCAAGGUCUCUGAGGGUGAAGUUCGACAACUUGUUGGCCUCAAGUCCGACGAGAACGGCAAGAUCUGGAGAGACGGCAAGGUCGUCGGCCAGGCUGAGCCUCUCGCUGAGUGGGACCGCGUCCAGAAGAAGGACCGCUCCAUCCUCAAGGGCACCAAGGUCAACAAGGUCGGUAAGCUCGUCGAUUCUAACGGCACUGUUCUCGGUAAGAUUGUCGAGGGUGAUCUGAAGGAGCUCCUCGGUAAGCGCGCCGAUGAGAACGGUGACAUCUGGAACGACUCCGGUGAGGUUAUCGGCAAGGGUGAGCCCGUCUCUGUCUCUGAGCGAGAGGAGAAGGGCUCUGCUCCCUUCGAGAACUUCCCCGGCGCCAAGGUUGAAGCCGAUGGUCGUGUCACGUACCAGGGCGAGCAGGUUGGUGAGGUCAUCGAGGGUGACGCCAAGCAGCUCAAGGGCAGCGAGGUUGACGAAGAUGGUGACAUUCUCGACCGCCGCGGCAACACCGUCGGUAAGGCCAAGCGCUGGGAGGCCCCUGAGGAAGAGGCUGAGAAGCCCAUCGACAACUCCGCCCUUGCUGGCAAGCGCGUCAACAAGGCCGGCAACCUCGUCAGCGAGUCUGGCGAGAUCUACGGUCGCGUUGUUGAGGGUGAUGUCCAGAAGCUCAUCGGACGCAUGUCUGACCGAGAUGGCAACAUCCGAAGCGAGUCAGGCGACAUCAUUGGCAAGGCCGAGCUCGUCUCUGAGGGCGAGCGUGGUGGUAAGAAGGAAGGUCCUUUCGCCCAGCUGAAGAACUGCACUGUCUCCAAGGAUGGUAAGAUCGUGAACUCAGCUGGCGAGACUGUUGGCCGUCUUAUCAGUGGUGACGCCAAGGCCCUUGUUGGACGUGCUGUUGACGACGACGGUGAGAUCACCGACUCCAACGGCAAUGUCAUCGGCAAGGCUGAGCGCUGGGAGGAGGAGGAGAAGGAGAAGAAGCACAACCCUCUCGCCGGCCGAAAGGUUAACCGUGAGGGCAACGUUGUUGACGCCGACGGUAACAUUAUCGGUAAGCUCACCAGCGGCGAGCUUCUUGACUGCUCUGGCAAGGAGGUUGAUGAGGAUGGUGAUGUCUUCAACCAGAAGGGCACCGUCAUCGGCCACGUCUCUCUUCUUGAGGACAUCCCCAAGGAGGAGGAGCCCGAGCCUGAGGGCGAGACCGAGGAGGAGAGGAUCAAGCGCGAGGAGGCUGAGGCAGAGGAGAAGAAGACCACUGAGGAGGCUGAGAAGAACAAGAAGCUUGCUCAGCAGCUCUCCUACCAGAUCGAGCAGACUCUGGAGAAACUUCGACCUAUCUGCAAGCAGAUCAACGACAAGAUCAGCGCCGCUGAAGCUCAGAAGCCUGAGGACCGUGACGAGGAGGAGCUUGUCCGACAGGUCAAGCCCUUGAUCGAGGACGGUGGUAAGCUCUUGACCGAGACGAACGGUAUCAUCCGUGGUCUCGACCCCGAUGGUCGCAUCGCUCGCAACGCCAAGCAGCAGACAGCUGCCGGUGAAGCUACUCCCGAGGAGGCUCACCUUGCCAACCUUCUCAAAGAGCUAUCUACUGAGAUCCAGACCACCAUUGACGAGAGCAAGCGCAAGCUUGAGGGUAUGCCUCACGCUAAGAAGGAGAUUAACCCUCUCUGGGGUCUUCUGGCUGAGCCUCUCGCCCAGAUCAUCGCUGCUGUCGGUCUCCUGCUCAGUGGUGUUCUUGGCCUCGUUGGCAAGAUUCUCGGACCCAUCUUGGGCCCUCUACUCAACGGUCUUGGUCUUGGUGGCCUCCUUGAUGGCCUACUCGGUGGACUUGGUCUCAAGAAGAUCCUCGGAGGCUUGGGACUCGGCAGUGUUGUCGGUACCGUCACUGGCAAGAAAUAA